AUCAGUCUUCGACGUGACUUUAUUGGGUACACAUGUCCCAUAGCAAUAAAAAACAUAAACAGUGAUUCAGUGAAUCGGAAUAAGUAGUGAAUUCGAUGUGGCCGGGGAGUUAAGGAAUUCAUAAGUAAAUUGACAAAAUCAUCUGUAUCAAAAUUAGCCAGACAACCAAACCGGCGUUAUCAGCACCGAUAAGGUAUGAGAAAUAACGCUUUAGUAGUAUGCGAUUACUCAUAACACCGAACACAUUGAAUUCAUCAGAAUACAGUACAAUUCAUCCAAGUCUAUAAAAAUGAAGUGAUGCCAGUGAUAUAAUUGAACAAUGGGCUGCUGUGGAGACUGUUGUGCUGUUCCCUCGAAAGAAUCCAGGGACCCGCUUCGGCACGACCCGGAGUUCAGCGGGCCCGUCCGCAGCCGCUCCUGCACCGACGUCGUGUGGCUGCUCGUCUUCAUACUCUUCCUGGGCGCCUGGGGCUACGUGGGUUACUAUGGUAUAAAACACGGAAAUGUAGAACAGCUUUUGGCGCCCAUGGAUAUGAAGGGAAGACGGUGUGGUCUCGACUCGACGCUUCAAGACAAGAAGUACCUAGUUUUCUUCGAUAUCAGCGAGUGCCUCUCGCCCACAACCGCUAUCUCUGGUUGUAAAACUCCACAAGUAUGCGUUAACGAAUGUCCGAAAGACACGAUAGUGUUCAAUACGGGAAGUUACACGGCAGCAACUUUCAGCAGUUGGAGAUCGAAGAUGAUUUGCGUCGACGGGAUAAACACUGCCACCAUGACUCACGAUGAGGCCACGCAGUAUAUGAAGGACAGCAAAUGUGCCAGCUAUGUGUUGAAAAGCCAGUCAGUGCUGUCUCGGUGCAUCGGUUACCUGACUGAAAUGGAGUGCAAGGAUCAGGCGAAUGGGACCUCUCAGAGCACGGAUAUGAAAUGUGUGAGAAACCCUAAAGAGGUCCAGAAACAGUUGCGUGAGAAAGCAACGGUCCUGGACUCGUAUGUGGGGUGGAUGGCAGCCAAAUGGGUGACGUUCUUCACCAGCGGAAACGAGCGAGACGCCCACAUUUUGUCUUCCCAGAUAGCGCAAGACCUGGUGCAGUCGCGCUGGUACAUGUUGGGUGCACUGCUGGCCGUCGUAGUGCUCUGUUUCCUCUACAUCCUCAUACUGCGGUGGGUGGUCACGCCCGUCGUAUGGGUCUCCAUCGUCGGGCUGCUCGCAUUGCUGGCGUUCUCAUGCUACCUCUGUUACGUUCAGUAUGUGUUCUACCGGAGCAAGUCAGCGGGUCUCUACACUACGAGUUACAGCCUGCAGGGCUUCUUCCAGACGAUGUUCUCAAAGCACCAGACUUGGCUAGCACUGCUAAUUAUCCUUGGCAUCAUUCUGAUCAUCGUGCUUCUCAUAGUUAUCUUCUUGAGAAGCAGAAUCACCAUCGCCAUUGCACUUAUUCGUGAGGGAAGCAAAGCCGUGAUCGACAUCAAAUCGACGGUGUUCUUCCCGAUAUUCCCAUGGAUAAUCCAAUGCGGUGUGUUGGCGUACUUUGCCACAGUGCUGGUGUAUCUGCUGUCCAUCGGCGACCCCGAGUUUAAGGUCGUCGGCCUGAACGAAACCUGCGACUGCGGGUUAUUUUAUAAGGACCAAGACACCUGCAACCCGUCGGAGUUCCUGGAGAAGUGUAAACAGGCUGGGACCAAGAGGGCGUGCGAGGACGCCAUCUGCCACUUCUCCGGCUUGGUCAGUCCUCACGAGGUCAACUACAUGCACUUUGUGAACCUGCUGGGCUGCUGCUGGGCGAUGUUCUUCAUCAGCGGUUGCGCGGACAUGAUCCUCGCCGGCGCCUUCUCCAAGUGGUACUGGACCUUUGACAAGCGGAAGGUGCCUUUCUGGACUCUUACUGCUGCUAUUUAUAGAACAGUUUGCUUCCACUUAGGGACUGUCGCAUUUGGUGCCCUGAUCAUCGCCAUCGUCCGCGUGAUCCGAAUAAUGCUGGAAUACAUCGAUCACAAGCUAAAGAAAUUCGACAACCCCUUCACGCGCUGCAUUCUCUGCUUCUGCAAGUGCUGCUUCUGGUGCUUGGAGAGCUUCCUCAAGUUCAUUAAUAAGAACGCAUAUAUAAUGUGCGCCGUGCACGGGAAGAAUUUCUGCACUAGCGCGCGCGAUGCCUUCUCUCUGCUCAUGAGGAACAUCAUACGCGUGGUCGUUUUAGAUAAGGUGACGGACUUCAUCUUCUUCCUGUCCAAGCUGUUAUUAUCCAUUAGCGUGGGCUUCGCCGUUUACUACCUGAUGGAGUGGGGGCUCGUGUACGAGGUGACGCAGGGCCAGCGGCUGCACUCCAACUACGUGCCCGCCAUCCUGUUGGGCGUGGCCACCUAUCUCAUCAGUACCAUAUUCUUCAACGUGUACGCCAUGGCGGUGGAUACGCUGUUCCUUUGCUUUUUGGAAGACUGUGAACGCAACGACGGUUCUUCUGAGAAAAAGUAUUUAAUGUCAAAAGAUCUUAUGAGGAUACUCGGUAAAAAUAAUAAGAAAGAUUAAUUUUUGUAAAUUGUCAAUUUGGAGUAUUUCGUUCACAUACACAGGUAUAUGAUAUAAUUCAUGUACGUUAUGUACCUAAUGCAAUUAAUGUAAAUGUAACGUUUUUCUACGACUAUCAUGUCCAAAUUAUUUAUUAUGAAAAUAUUUGUAAACUUUUACAUUUUUUAUGUCUUUUUUCAAUUACUUUACGAGUAUUUAAUCAAUGCUACAAGCCAAAUAAAUAAACAGGUUGCAGUUACAUACGUAAUUGCAGUAGAUUAUUAUUAAAUAAAUGUAAUGUCACAAAAUAAUAAUUAUUAUUAUAGCAUAAUAAUGAUGUGCAAUUGAGUGCCAGAGAUUGUCUACUUUUAUAAUGUUAGUAUGUACGUUACUAAUUGUGAUAUGAUUGAUUAUAGAUUUCUAUUGAUAUACUUUUAGAUAA